AUGGGCACUAUGGUGACUGAGUUUUUUCUGCGCGCGCUCCACCUCGCGUAUAGUUUCGACCCCAACGUCACCUCCCAGGAGCGGCUGAGCGCGGAGAAGUACCUGAUGGAGCUGGUGGAGAGCCCGGAAGGGCUGCACAUGGCCUUCCACAUCCUGAACAGCGAACCCGUGCAGGAGAUGCGGUGUUUUUGGGCCUUCAACACCAUUAUUCACCAACUGCCCGCCCUGGCGUCGUCCGUGAGCGCCGCGCAGGCGGAGGAGCUCUACACGACGCUCUUCCAAUUCAUUUACCGCUAUUUUUUCACCCCCACGACGGCGCCGGUGGACUUCCUGACGAACAAACACGCGCAGCUGAUGGCGGUAGGCCUGCGGCACUUCUACCCCGCGCGCUGGCGGGGCUUUUUCCACGACCUGCUGGACCUCCUGGCGCGCGGCCAGGCCGCCGCGGCGCCGCGCGAGGCCGUCGCGAUGUACUUCCUGCGAGUCUGCGAGGCCAUCGACGAGUGCGUCGUGGCCCCGCGCGAGGCCGCCGAGCCCGGGCCGGGCUCUCGCGCGCGGGACAUGGCCGUGAAGGACGCGAUGCGCGAGGCGGCGGUCCCUCGGCUCGUCGCGGCGUGGUACGGGCUGUUGGCCGAGGCCGACGGCCGCGGCCCGGGGCUCCCUGGGCUUUGCCUUGACGUCCUGCAGGCCUACAUCGCGUGGGUCGACAUCGCGCUGCUGACGACG